AUGGACAACAACCGAAUGGUGACAACAGGCGCAGUCAUAGUGACCGGCUCGGUUCGAGGGAUGAUCGUCUUUGUCAUAUACUCAACGGGGUCUCGAGAGCAGAUGCGAGGCCAUCGUCCAUCGUCUGGCCGCAAGGUUGCCAAUGCCAGCGUCCGCCAGAUUAAGGAGGACCUUCAUUUGACGCCAGAAGAUAUCAGAUUUGUCUUCGACAUCAAUUUCCUGGGAAUCGUUUUAUUGUUACACUCUUGCGGCAAAGCAGAUGAUAUCCCAGUCGUAGUCCAUGUCAAAUAG